GCAUGUCCGACUCCGACCUCUUUGAAACCCCAUCCAUACAAUAUAUACACCAUACGCAUUCACCACCACCCCAAUCCCACCCUACCCUUCCCUCAGCCCCCCUCCCAUCUCAACAUGUCCUCGCACCACCCCGACCCCGACCCCCACGCCCACGCCCCCUCCGACACCGAAACCUACGACCACCUCUCCCAAAACGACAACUCCUCGCCCUCUCCCUCUCCCUCCCCACCCUCGACCUCCUCCUCCCCGCUCAUAUUAUACAAACCGCCCACCAUCUGGGGCCUCCUGCGCGGCGCGGUCAUCAACCUCUUCCUGCCAUUCGUGAACGGCCUGAUGCUGGGGUUCGGCGAACUCGUGGCUAAUGAGAUGGCGUUUCGGUUGGGGUGGAGCGGGACAAAGAUAUUUCCCUCGCAUCGAGGCGAGUCGAGACGGGUGGGUCCGGGCGUUGAGAUGCGCGCUGCUCCCGUUGAGCGGAGGAGGAGAAGCGGCGAGGAGUUGGAUAUGUAUACGGCCUUGGAAUAAGGGAUUCGCAAAGAUAUGAAGGAGAAAAGCGGCGCAGCAAGGGAUGGAUGGGCCGUUGACGUUGUAGAACAAUGAUGGCUUCACGUGGUUGGUUGAGCCGUGUCUAAGAUACCAGGGGUGUAUGCCAAACCCGCGGCAUAUGUUAUAGAAGAGAUUAAGCAUUGCAAAGCUGUAUAUAUAUAUUCAUUGCCGAAAGGAUGGUUGAGAGGUGACAAAUCAAACAAUAGGGAUAUGAGACUACAGUGCAACUAGAAUAGAGCUAGAUAUAUAUUCACUCUAGAUAACCCAAACACUAUAUUUACAUCGUCA